AUGUCUUCCAAAGCUUCGGCGAAAAAUGUCCUGUUUCGAGAUCCUAAGUCAUUUGUGGCAGGAGAGGUACACAAGCACCUCAGUCGAUGGAGAGAAAUUCUUGAACCUAACCCUAAGAGCAAAGAAAUCCUUUCAUACAUUGAAAACAGAGUGAGGGUGCAUGAGUUCAUAGUCCCAUUUAGAGGGGAUUACCAGGGAAAGUUCUACAACUCCGCGUUUCCCCCGAGAUAUUCUUGUGUUAAUAACAAAUCGUGUCGCGGAUUUGAGAGUUUUAUCACCAGCACUGUCUCGGAAAGAAUCCGUAAUGGCUCGAUUUCCGUCUGGGGGAAAGUAGGUGCAUGCGAACCGCCACACUUAGUGAUGCCGUUGACGGUGGAACCAUCCAAGCCCCGCUUAUGCCAUGACGAACGAUACUUAAAUCUAUGGACAAAAGACCUCCCUUUCAGGUUAGAUUAUAUUUCUGACCUCCCGAGAUACGUUGGCAAAGGUCACUUCCAGUCAACAAUGGACGACAAAAGUGGUUAUGACCACAUCGAACUUUCUGAGGAAAGUAGAACACUUUUUGGCUUUGAAUGGGAAGGAUGGUUUUUUGUGUAUAACACCAUCCCCUUCGGUUGGAAGGCGAGCGCCUAUUUAUAUCAUUCCAUUGGGAUGGCCGCAACGAGUCACAUUCGAGCUCUGGGGGUCCCCUGCAGCCAGUAUAUCGACGACCGCCAUAUCGGCCAGCUGUCUACUCGGACUGGUAGUACAUUGGAAUUUUCUGAUCUAGAGCUCGCCGAAGCUGCUAUAUUUAUUGCCGCAACAACACUUGUGUCCUUGGGUUACUUCAUUGGUCUGGCCAAAAGUUCUCUUUCACCCUCACGCACUGUGAAGUUCCUGGGAUUUUUGGUUGAUUCCGAGAGACAGGCUUUCAUCAUUCCGGAAGAUAAGAAAAUCAAGUUUGCUAAUUUACGYGAGGCCAUCCUUUCAAACCGGGCAGUUUCCGUCAAAACUCUCCAACGUUUAGCAGGAAAGAUAUCAUCGUUCUGUAUAGCUGUACCUGCAGCCCUUUUGUACGCCCGGGAAAUAUUCCGCGCCAUUCCAG